GAGAAUGUGCCGAGAGAAGAUCUGAGGAGGAGGAAUAUGCAGAGCAGAGGAAGCGCAGCCCAUCGAUGGCAGCCAUGCUGAGUCCAAAGAUCAGACAGACCAGGAGAGCCAGGUCCAAGAGCAUGGUGAUGGGAGAGGCAUCACGUGGCUCAUGCCAGCCCACCUCACCCAGUCUCCAAGAGGGGGUGCUAAAGGCUGGCUGGCUGAAGAAGCAGAGGAGCAUCAUGAAGAACUGGCAGCUGCGCUGGUUUGUGCUGCGUGCUGACCAUCUCUACUUCUACAAGGAUGAGGAGGAAACCAAACCACAGGGCUGCAUCUCGCUGAAGGGCAGCCAAGUGAAUGAACUGACAGCCAACCCAGAAGAACCCGGGCGACACCUUUUUGAGAUUGUGCCAGCUGGUGAGAAAGACAAGGCUGCAAUGAGCCAUGAGUCCUUUCUACUUAUGGCCAACUCCCAGAGUGACAUGGACGACUGGGUGAAAGCCAUCAGACGGGUCAUAUGGGCUCCGUUUGGAGGAGGCAUAUUUGGGCAGCGUUUGGAAGACACCAUACAGUAUGAAAGGAAGUUUGGUCCUCGUCUCGCCCCUCUCUUAGUUGAGCAGUGUGUGGAUUUCAUCAGGGAGCAGGGUCUUGAUGAAGAAGGCCUGUUCCGGAUGCCGGGACAAGCAAACCUUGUGAAGGAGCUGCAGGAGGCCUUUGACUGUGGAGAUAAACCUCAGUUUGACAGUAACACUGAUGUCCACACUGUGGCUUCCCUGCUGAAGCUGUAUCUCAGGGAGCUGCCCGAGCCAGUCGUUCCCUUCUGCAAGUAUGAGGAUUUCCUCGCUUCUGCUCAGCUCCUGGCCAAAGAUGAGGAGGAGGGAAUACAAGAAUUAGGGAAGCUAGUGACGACCCUUCCAGCCGCCAAUUACAACCUUCUGAAAUAUAUAUGCAAAUUUCUGGAUGAGGUGCAGUCUCACUCAAAUGAAAACAAAAUGGGUGUGCAGAACUUGGCCACCGUGUUUGGACCAAAUAUCCUCCGUCCUAAAAUGGAAGAUCCAGUAGCUAUUAUGGAAGGCACCUCGCUUGUUCAGCAUCUCAUGACGCUACUCAUCAGCAAGCAUGAUCGCCUGUAUACUGAAAAAGACUCAGAAACAUCACAGAACCAGAUGGAGGUAAAGGACCAAAGCCAACCACAUCAGCAGUCCAAGCUGGUGGACUGGAUCUCUGAGGAGGAUCUGCAGACCUGUAAGAAUGACAACCCUACCAGCAGCAGUGCCUCGUCUGCGGACGCCGCUAUCACCUCCAAGCCGGUGCCUCAGGGAAAGGGAGAGACGGCCGUCAGCCCUAGUAAGCAGGCCAAGACGCUUCCAGGAUGGAAGUACACCUUCAAAGGCUCCUCUCCCCGGCCGCCGUCCACAAAAGUCUGUGGCUCCGCGGUGGACGUGUCCACGGCCUCCAGCGGGAACUGGCUCAUGAACGGGCUGUCCUCGCUAAGGGGACACCGCCGCACCUCGUCCGGCGAACGCUCCAGGGAUUCGGGCUCCUCUCAGAGACUGUCUACCUACGACAACGUCACGUCUUCUCAGAGUCUGGGCAGCGUGCUGAGUAUGGAGAGCACGCCGUGGUCCUCCUCAUCGUGUGAGAUCUCCGUCCCAGACUCUGGAAGCGACCCGUUAGGGACAGAAGAUGGGCCUCAGACGGAGGCGAGCGCUCAGGAGGAACGGAGCGAGGAGGAAGCAAAGCCCAGCGAACAAGAGGACGACGUCGGCAGUGCUGUGGAGAACCGCGCGAGCGGAUUGUUUUGCAGUGACAAUGGGAACGUAGCACCGGUCAUUAGAGUCGUGGACGAAGACACAGAUGCAAACGGAGGCCCUUCAUCCCUGGCCAGCGUCGUGGAAGACCUGAAAGAAGAGCUGAGGAAGCAGAAACAGACUUACGAAUCUAGAAUUCAAAAGCUGGAAGAGUCGAGUUCAGCCCUGUGCGCGCAGAUGGAGAGACUCCAGCAAGAGAUGGAACAGGAGAGGAAAAAAAAACUAAUGCUUGAGAUCAAACUGAGAAACUCUGAACGGGCCCGUGAGGACGCAGAAAACCGCAAUCGCCUCCUUGAGAAAGAAAUGGAAGACUUCUUCUCCACGCUGGGGGAUCUGGCUCUUGGAAGCCGUACCAGUGACAUUUAAUGCAAACACACCCAAAGUCCCCAAAUGGACCAGAGCACUCAGGCAUCUCCAAAAAUCAUGUGGACAAAUUUUUGUGUUCAUCAAAUCAGACCUAAAAUACAACUAGUUAAAGGCCUUCCAAUGUGUACCAGGUACUUUUUUCGAGGAGAUUCUCGCCGUUUCAGCAGUGUAGCAUUUAUUAAAGCCAUUUUACACCUGUUGAUUUACAGCUAUUUCUUUCUGGAAGCUUCAGCUUUAGGUGACAAAGAAACAAAUGGAACGUCUGAAUCUGAUCCUUAAAUCAGUUCAAAUUAUA